AUGAACGCACUGGUGGGGAAAUUACGUAUGGUCAAAGUCAUGCAUCAGCAAUCAGGUGUAUGUUUAUUCACACAUCAAUGGAAAUGGAAUGCUGAGGCACAUGCAGAAGGUGUUGAUGCACUUGUCAUGUCUUUUACGCAAUUCGCACGCGAGAUUGAUGGCGGAGAAGUCGUCCAGGUGCAUUUUGAUCCGAGUCGAAGUGACAAGACGGAUCGAUCUGGUACUAUUCCUGUGGCAUCAACUGGCAGUCUUGUGAUGAUCUCACUCCAAAAUGAGACCAUUCAGGCUGUAUUAUUCCACGAUCGGACUUGUGAGGCAGCAUCGAGUGCAUUAAAGGCAUUUUUACAUCGGAUUUUACAACGGUUUGGUGACUUGUUUCAGCAUGAAUUGCAACAAUUGCAGCCGCAAUUACUAGCCAGUGCAACACCUACAUCUCAAGAGCGUGAAGCUGUUGAAGCGCCAUUCAGGAGAUUUGAAAUUGAACUCGACAGUCAAUUGAUGCCCAGUGGUGAAGCUGGCACGAUGUCGUGA